GGUUGAACAGAGACAAACCCUUAUGCCAGUCCUCUACAGGAUCCCAGUCUAUACCCAAGACUGCCAAGAAAUCCACUAAGAACACUGGUUUGGUCUAUGAUAACGCCGCUGUGGGACACCAACUAAGCGCCGACCGCAAUGGCAUGCUGGCUCCAGAUGUCUCGAGAGUAUUGAUUAUAUAUACUGGUGGUACUAUUGGAAUGAAGCAUACACCCGAGCACGGCUAUAUCCCAGUUCCUGACUACUUCACAAAAAGUUUGGCUAGCUAUGGGCGCUUCCAUGAUCAAAAGAAAGAUCAAGGAUCUGGAAGUUUAUCUCGCAGUUCAUCAUCAGACAGUCUUGACAGCCUUCAUCUGGAGACAAAUGAACUUUCACCGAGCUUAAACGUAACAAACCCGGUGCGUAUAGUUUCUUCUAGUGGAUCUUCAGUUGGCAAAGAAACUAUAGUCCAACUUCCGAGUUUGAUCACACCUGUCAGCCUUUACGGAAAGCGCAUCAGGUAUUCAAUCCUUGAGUAUGAUCCCUUGCUUGAUUCGUGCAACAUGACAAUGUCAGAUUGGGUACGAAUCGUUAGAGACAUCGAAGGCAAUUAUCAGUUUUAUGAUGCUUUUAUUGUUCUCCAUGGUACGGAUACAAUGGCGUAUACUGCAAGUGCCUUGAGUUUCAUGUUGGAAGAUCUUGGUAAGACAGUCAUCAUUACUGGUUCACAGGUACCCUUGAGUGAGGUGCGAAAUGAUGCCGUCGAAAAUCUUUUGGGCGCACUCACAAUUGCUGGUCAUUUUGUAAUUCCUGAAGUCGGAUUGUACUUUGGACAAAAGUUGUACAGAGGAAAUAGAACAAGCAAACAAAGUGCUGUUGACUUUGACGCAUUUGAUUCUCCGAAUAUGGCUCCUCUUAUUGAUGUUGGCAUUAAUAUUGAUGUUAAAUGGCCACUUGUACUUCGCCCUAUGCAGAUUGCCAAGUUCCAGGCUCACAAAGUACUGAAUCCAAACGUUGCUUCUCUUCGCCUCUUCCCGGGUAUCAACGCAACUACUAUUCGAACAUUCUUAGCCCCACCUAUCCAGGGUGCCGUCUUGGAGACUUAUGGUGCAGGAAAUGCCCCAGCAAGAGACGAUCUCUUGUCUGCUUUAAAAGAAGCUUCGGAUAGAGGAGUUGUCAUAGUAAACUGUACUCAAUGUCGUAAAGGGCUUGUGACGGAUUCAUAUGCAACAGGAAAACAACUCUCGCUAGUUGGUGUGGUAGCCGGAGCAGAUAUGACACCAGAAUGUGCAUUAACAAAACUCUCAUACUUGCUUGGAAAGCACACUGGAAACCCACACCUAGUCAGACAGUUAAUGACAAGAAACUUGCGUGGAGAGCUGACAAAAAAGCCAGAAGAUCUAUCCGAGAUUCCUAUGAACGAUCCAAACAUGUCAGUUGAAGAGCAGCUUUUAGCUGAAAAGGCACUAGGACCCAUUAUGAUGUGUUCUUCUGCAGAAGCAAACGAUCUUGAUAGUAUGAAACUAAUCCUUGAAAACAUGAGUGGCGAGUUCAACUGGAACUGUGUGGAUUACGAUGGGCGUAGUCCGCUUCAUCUUGCUUCUCGCCAGGGAAAUUUAGCUGUAGUUGAAUAUCUCUUGCUUCAUGGGGCCUCAAUUCAUGUGCGAGACAGAGCUGGACAUACUCCAUUAUACUAUGCCCUAAUCGGAAAACGCGUGGAGGUUGUUUCGAUGUUGAGAAAGGCAGGUGCUCACUUUGCAGAGUGUGAAGUAAAUGAUUUUGGGCCACUUUGGUUGAGAUAUGUCAGCACCGAUGAUAUUAAGAUGGUCAGACUUGCCUUGGAUGCCGGUUGGGGAAUCAAUUGGUUCGAACCUGUGGAAGGUCGAAAUGCCGUUGAUGUGGCUGUCUGUGAAGGACAUUUGGCCAUGUUAAAACUACUUUUAGGAUAUUCAGAUAUCAGCCUUAAUCACAAAGACAGAUGGGGAUUCGAUGUUUUGGACAAGCUUAAAAUGCUUAGACUUUCUAACAAGAAAGACGCUUCAGGAAUCUACAGAAAGGUUCCUGACACGGUUCUGGACUCCAUGGAAGCCCUUUUGACGCCGAGAAUUCAGCAAGCACUUUAGAAUACAUAAAUAUAAUCUUAUGCUGUGCGUAAAUAAUGUACUAUAGACCUUUAUGUCAUACGCAUAUAUAGCAAAUUUUUGUAAGAAAACGGAAUAAAAACAGUUCUUUUAAUGGUAAAU